AUGCCGAUCUUGCCUGGAGCCCUCAAAGAACCUGGUCCCGAUGACGAGGGCGCUGAGGGCCUUGAGGGCUUUGAGGGGGAGGCCACACCAAGUACGGCCAGAGACCUCAAGGCACUGGUCGCAGAUCCAGCAGCCAGGCGUGUGGCGUUCCCCUCCUCCGACCUAGCCAAGCUGCCAUUGGUGCCACCUGCACCGCCAGAGGCAGAUGAUAUUCGAAGUACGAGCAAGCGGAGCGCUGGCAAGCCUUUGGAAGCAAGGACGCCACCUUCUGGCGCCAGCAGCCCGAGCAGCAGUAGAUCCUUGCGCUCAAGAGAUGCGAGCAAAAGUGAAUUGCGCCGCCGCACAACCAGCAAAGGGAAGGUUCAAGUGAUUGCCGUUCCUGAAGCUGUCACCGUGCCUGACAUCCCGGAUUCGGAUGAUGCUAUCUCCGGACUGCCAGGAGUUAGAGAGUCACAUGUGAGGGAGGCCUUUGCCCAGAUUGACUUCGACGGCAACGGCUUCAUUGGAGUCUCUGAACUCCGGUAUCUGCUGACUGUGCUGGGUGAGGAGCCAACUGAUGCCGAGUUGGACGAAAUGUUAGCAAUAAUUGGCGCUGAGGGAGAUGGACAAGCUGCAUAUGAGGACUUCCGGAUACUUUUCGAGCCAAAGAGUUCCGUGUUGGCCGAGAUGCUGACCAUGGCUCCUGAACCAUCGGAGGCGGGCAAAGAUCUCGCUGACAGAGAUGACGAACAGAGUGAGCAAGAGGAAAUACCGAGGCUUGAGGCACCACCUCAACAACUUGGCCUUCUAGUGAAGGGCGCGGCAAGCUUCAUGCAGGCAAGGAUCAAGAAGGAAGAUGCAGGGAAAAAGAAGGCAUCCAGAGCCAGGCCAAAGGCCGCGCAGCGUGUCCCACUGAUCGACUCCGAUUGGAUUGUGCAGCAGGCGCAGGUGCGGAAUGCUGCGUGUUUUGGCGGAUCUUGGCGGCUGGCAGCCUGUAAGUCCUUUGCCGUGACAGGCGCUUUCACCAACGUCCGCCUGGCCUUGCUGGCCCUGGGCAGCCUGGUCUGCCCGGACAACCUGGCCCCGGGGGUGCACCUGGCGCACCUGGCGCACCUGGGGUGCCAGGUCAAAUGCCGCCUGCCGGAGGAGCGGCGGAUCCGCUUCUUCAGCCAAGUGCCAGGAGACCGCAUUGGCGAGGAUGUUGCGCUUGAGAAGCAGCAUGAGCCCCGGGUAGAUGCAGAAGAUGAGGAGGCUGAAGGUGAGCAGGCUGAUGGCACCUUGGAUCCAGAUUUGUUGGCAGCAUGCAUCAGGAAUGACACAGAGGCUGCAAAACGGUUGAUCGAGCAGGGUGCAAAUCCUUGCUGCGAAGACCAGCGACAGUGGAGUCCACUGAUUUGGGCUGCAUCUCAUGGAAACGAGGAUCUCACCCGACUCCUCAUCAAGCACAAUGCAGCGGAGGUGUACAAGUAUGACGAGACAACCAAGGCCAAAAAGAAGCACAGCCCCUUGCACUGGGCUGCCUUCAAAGGCCACCUCAAGGUGCUGUGGUUGCUGAUGGCACCGCCACAGAACCUGUCGCACCACGAGCGGGAUGCCAUAGGCAACACCCCGCUACACCAGGCAGCUGCUGGGGGGAACUUGGAGUGUGCGAAGUGCCUCAUGGCACAGGGCUGCGACGUCCUUGCAAAGAACGACAGAGGACACACGCCCUUUGCUUUAUGCACAGAUCCAGAGGUCCAGCAGCUGCUGCAGAAUGCAAUGAAUGCCACAGCCUGCAAGGCUUCCGGCAAGCAGUUCUCGUCAACUGUGCUGAGAUAUCUCUGCUCCUGGUCCCUCGACGUGUUUUGCGAAAAGGAGGUCACGCAGACCUUUGUCUAUGAGCACCCAGAGGCCUCUGAGAAGGAGAAGCCAGUGACCUGGUGCAACGAGGUCCGGGCUACGAUUCAAGACUUAGAGCAUCAGCUGCAUCAAGCCAUGCACUUGAACCAGUUGGAGACUGUCACAGCAGCACUGGAAGCUGCUGCUGACAAGCCGGUCGACUGCAAACUGGUCCAUCAAUGCAAUCAGCUGAAGGAAAAGCUCGAGUCAGAGAUACAGCUGGGAAAGGCUAUGCAAGUUCUCACCAUCACAAAUUUGGACGAAUUCGACGCCGUGCAUGAAGCCUUAAGUAAGGCAAUUGAUGAUGCCGUGGCCAAGAAAGCCGACCCUGUUCGCGUUCAAGCUGCAAAGACUCUGAGGCGGAAAUUGCUGGCAGAGGCUUCGCUGAUGCGAACUGUUUUGGGUCAGCAAAAAACGACCGUGGCUCACAUCAGCAUGCUGCAGGAGUUGCUCACGGCAGCAAAAGCUGAGAAUGCAAACGAAGAUCUCAUCGUGCAAGCUUCCAAGUUGAUAGCGAAGCUGAGCAGUGAAAGUGAAGUGCAAAAGCGCAUUGCGGCAACCGCAGUGCUGUGUGAAGUCGACUCCUUCAAAGAAGCCGAGGGGCGGGAAGAAAUGCCAGACUGGUCACAAGACACGGAGCAGUUUGAGGAGUUCCACGAGGAUUUCAAAAGAGUCAUGGAAAACGCUGAGCGGGACCAGAUUUCUGAAGUGCUCAUGAUGACGGCUCUGGAGCAGCUCGAUAAAAUCGAGCGUCUCCUGGUGGAAAAGAAGCAAGUGGAAGCAGAGCUGGGAUUGAAGGCUGCAAAGGCCGCCAAGAAGAAAGGAAAGAAGUAA